GACCAAUUUAAUGUUGGAGCGUUGUAUGUACCACCUUCCUCCAAAUUCAGAACUUCGAAAACCGCGCACCACUACUCCACAUACCACUAACUGCUACCACAUACACCUACUUAGUGGAAACAAGCGCCAUGGCCGAGCAAGCCCCUGCAAGCAAGGAGCCCGAAGCUGGCGCUGCCACCUCAAAGAAUGCUCUGAAGAAGGCACAAAAAGAGAAGGAGAAGGCAGAGAAGAAAGCCGCCGCCAAAGCUAAACAGCUGGUGGUGACACAACAACAAGAGCCCUCCGAAGACCUGGCCAAGAACAACUAUGGCCGGGAAGUCUCUCUCUCAACUGACGCCCCGGAGAUCAACCUUCGCUCUCUCAGCGAAGAGCACAUUGGCAAACCCGUCAUCCUCCGCGCCUGGGUACAGAAUGUACGCCUGCAGAGCGCAAAGAUGGCUUUCAUGGAGUUGCGAGAGGAGGGAAACUGGGCCAUCCAAGGUGUUCUACAGGUCACCGGUGAUGCUGAUGCAGAGAACGCCCACGUGAUCAGUCGGCCCAUGGUCAAGUGGACGGGUGCACUCAAUCCGGAGAGCUUCGUAGUUGUCGAGGCCAUAGUGCAGCGGCCAUAUGAACCUGUCAAGAGCUGUAAGGUGGCCAACUACGAGCUGCAUAUCCGGAAAUGCUUCUUGAUUGCCGCCGCGCCCGCCAUGCUUGGAAUGACGUUGGCAGCCGCAAACCGACCGGUGAGCAGCUUCAACGACGACGAGGAACUCCGAGAGGAAGCUUCCCAGACUGCCGUGCCAGGAGCGACUCUGCUCACCCACCUGGACAAUAUCGUAAUACACAAGCGCGCCCCCGUUCAACAGGCUAUCUCGGACGUUCGGUGCGAGAUCAAGCAUCUUUUCCGCUCGUAUCUAAGGUCUCAUGGUUUCAAGGAGUUCGAGCCGCCAUGUCUGAUUGGUGCUGCGUCUGAAGGCGGCGCUAACGUAUUCACUUUGCCAUACUUCAACCAGGAGGCGUGUCUUGCACAGUCGCCGCAGUUUUACAAGCAAAUGGAGAUUGCAGGUGGUAGGAAACGUGUUUUCAGCAUAGGGCCUGUGUUCAGAGCGGAGAACUCGAACACUACCAGACACAUGACCGAGUUCACCGGUCUUGAUAUGGAAAUGGAGAUCACAAAAGACUACAAGGAGGUUCUACUUAUGUUGGAGGGCGUGCUCUUACACAUUUUCCGCGGCAUCAAAGAGCAUUGUGCAGAGGAGAUGGAACUCAUCCGCUCCAUCUACCCAGGAGACGAACUGCUUCUCCCCGAGCCGGGCAAGGAGGUCCGUCUGACCUUCGCUGAAGGACAACAACUUUUGCGCUCAGAAGGCCCUGAAGAAUACCGCAACGUCCGCGACGAUGAGGACAUGAGCACUCCACAAGAGAAGGCGCUUGGCGCGCUUAUCCGCAAGAAGUUCAACACUGACUUUUACGUUCUUGAUAAAUUCCCCGAGGACGCCCGGCCGUUUUACGCCAAGAUCGACCCAGCUAGCGCAGCUAAUGGUUCCAAAGUCACCAAUGCGUUUGAUUUCUUCCUCUGUGGGCAGGAAAUUUUGUCAGGUGGUCAGCGUAUCAAUGAUCCUGACGAGCUUGAAGAUCGCAUUCGCGUCAAGGGCGUUGACCCAAAGAGCCCGGGCAUUAGGGAGUAUGUCGAUGUGUUCCGACAGGCAGGUGUACCGCCCCAUGGAGGCGGCGGAAUUGGACUUGAUCGGGUAGUCGCGUGGUGCCUGAACUUGCCGAGCGUGCACUUGGCAGCAUACUAUCCCAGGACUCCGAAGAGGCUAUUUCCAUAAGCUCAGUCCGACUACGCCUUAUACUACACGCGAAAGCGUAAAUGGCUGUACCGAGGCGAUCGCAGCAGAUACUAUCAAAAUGGAGGAUCAUGUACCGUAGAUUUCGGCGUCACAUUUGAUCAGCACAUCAUUGCAGGUGUCGGGUUCGAAGAAAAGCUCGCAACUAGAGACCAUGCUCUAUGUUCUACGACUCUAGUCUACUGUGCUUGAGCCAUGCUCCCACAAAAUAGCAUAAACAUACACAACAACACUUUUGAGCCCAAAUACUAUGAUACUCCAAGGGUGACGACUAAUAAUCUAGCUAGAAC